ACGCUCAAGGACUGUCCUCUGCUUUAGGUGGGAAAUGCUGUUGCUUGAUGGCAACCUAGAGGUGAGACUCGGUCCCCUUGUGUCCCACAAGCUUAAGCUUCCAAAUGUUUGUCCUGUCGGAAGCGCUCGCGAAGGUGACAGUGGACUAACCACUGGGCGCCGCCGAGUCAAGCCGCUUCAGCGUUGGAAGGUUUUCAGCCCCAGGAGGGCUGGGACUGCACGGAGACAAGGGGAUGCUGGAGCUUUUCUCUUCCCGCAGGUGGAUAGUCUGAAGCAUCUGCUGGAGGCCGGGGCCUCGGUCAACGCACCUCCGGAUCCCUGCGAGCAGUCGCCUGUCCACUUGGCCGCAGGUGGCGGCCGUGCUUGCUUUCUUCUCUGGCAGCUGCAGACCGGCGCGGACCUUAACCAGCAGGAUGUGUUUGGAGAAGCUCCAAUCCACAAGGCAGCAAAAGUUGGAAGCCUGGAAUGCCUUAGCCUGCUUGUGGCCAGUGAUGCCCAAAUUGACUUAUGUAAUAAGAACGGGGAAACAGCUGAAGAUCUAGCUUGGUCACAUGGAUUUCCAGAAUGUGCCAGGUUUCUUACAGCAAUGAAAUGUAUGCAGACAAAAAAAUCAGGCGAACCAUCCAGCAGAGACCAGGGUGUUCCGACGCCCAGACAGAAGCGCAGUUUUGGAAGCACAGAAAACACAAGUGGGAAAAGGAGGUGCUGGUGAGUCACUCGGAGUUUCCUCUUCUUCC